ACUCCCUGUCCGCCGUGUUGCCCGUUAUAGCCUUGGGUACCGCCGUGACCCUGCACGCCUUGGAGGCUCGCCGUGUCACGGCUCCAGCGGGACCCAGGCUGCACUGCGACCGCUUGCCCGCCGUGCUGCUCAUCGUAGCCUUGGGUACCGGUCUGGCCCUGGGUGCCUUGAAGGCUCGCCGUGUCACGACUCCAGCGGGACCCAGGAGGCGCUCCUUGCCCGGCGUUUUGGUUGCCGGCAUAUGCAGGGUCAGGAUUGUAGCGAGUCUGGGGGUGCACGAAACCGUCGUCGGUCCAGCCGCCAUGCUGGGGCAACUGAGGCGGAAGCCUCCUUGUGCGGCGAUCCUCCGGACGACUGAAGGGAUGGUUGGGAUACGGGUUGCGGUCGGACAUGAUGUUGGCGAUUUAGCGCAAGAGCGGAUGUGAGAACUACCUCUUUCGGCUGGGUGCAAGGUGGGCCAGGUGGACCAGAAGCAUCAAUGACUUGGAACUUCGGAGGCAUGUCUGUGGGCGGAGGUUGCUCAUCAAGCACAAACCUGGCAAGAGGGUAGGAAUAUCCUCGGGUCGCAAAACUUCGAGAUCAGAGCAGCCUUGCGCAGUCCAACUUGUCAGCAUAGGAUGAGUACCUGAACCAGUGGGUACGUACGUGUUUUACAAGGCGGCUCAAGCCAAAGCAAGGCAAAUUUGGCCCUUUCCUGACCACCACCAGACUCAGGCCAGGCUAAAUGGCCAACGUCGACCAUCGCGGAAGCAAA